ACUGAGCCUGUUGCUCCUUAUACUAUACUAGAUUUGCAUAUGAUUAUGAGCUCCUUUAGCAAAGCAUUUGCCAAGUCUGCCAGUGCAGUUAGUGGCUCUUCCAAAGCUAGUGCUGCUAAGAAGCAAGCUUCAGAGAUGUGUUUAGCUCAAGUUGAGAAAAAGUUGAGAAAGCAUAAACUGUACCGAGACCUAGGGGGACAAGAAUUACGAGAGGAAGCUGAGAAAUUAACGUAUGUGGACAAAAUCUUUGAACAUUUCAGCCAUCUUGUGGAAGAGGAGCUGAUCCAGCAGGUGGAAACGCUAAAUGAUCAGGAUGGUGAAUUGGUGAAUUCUAUUGAAUUAAGAGAGGCAAAGACACUGCAAGAAAAACGAUUAAUCACCACUUCUUGCAUUCCUCUGAAGAUAAUAUUUCGUGAUAUAAAAUCGAAUCAAAAAGCUCAACGUGUGCUUGAAUCCUUUGCGGACAUUUUCAAGCUCGACUACGGUGCGAAGCAUGUUUCUCUGACUGUUGGUGACAUAGUGCUAGAAUGGGGCAAAGAGAGCUUGGUGGUUCCAUAUUGGGCGUCUCAACAAAAAGAAAGAUCAGUCAAGUCCGAUGCACGUGACAUCACUGCUCUUAGUCCUCACAAUGCUGAAGCAACAACACUUGAUGUGGAUUCACAUUUACUGCCAAUUGAAAAAGAGGUGGAGCACUUGUUCUAUCGUACCAGCGAUAAGCGUGAAGUGUUUCAAAGACUGGCCAAAGUUAUCUCACAAUACAACACAAAGUAUCACUACGACGUUCUCAAACGCAACUGCCAGGCAUUUGUUAUUGAUGCACUCAAGGCUGUAGGCAUUUCCGAUAAGGUACCCAUUAAGGUCAAAGAAACUGAACGUAUGCAAUAUCUUGGACUCAAAAAAUCAGGUGAGAUUCCAGACAGUUUUGCUACACAUGAAGAGCUCGAUAUUUUCAUCUGGGAAAAGAGUCAAACAUGGUUGGAUGAGCUGGAUCCUGAAAGCUUGGAGUAUCUACAGUUGGUCUACUCGCAGUUCCAUGGUGAUAAUAAUAGUGGUUGUCAUUUUACUGACUGUCAUUUGUAUAUGAUCACUCCCGAGGUUUUAUAGUGUUCUUUGAAUACGAACAGAUCUACUAUGUACUUUUUAAGUUUAGAAGAACACCAAGUGGAUUUAUUAACAUCUGUUGUUGUCUAUAAUUAUGUUUGCAUGAUGAUGUUUAAAUUAAUGUUCUGUGUAUAUUACGAUCAAUGUGUGAUGAUACUU